AUCAUGUGCCACAUCCCAGUCUUCUGCUGGAUCACUGCUACAGUUCUGGAGGACGUGUUGAAGACCACAAAGGGAGCAGAGCUGCCCAAGACCCUGACUGAGAUGUACAUCCACUUCCUGGUGGUUCAGUCCAAACUGAAGAACAUCAAGUAUGAUGGAGGAGCUGAGACAGAUCAACACUGGAGUCCAGAGACCAGGAAGAUGAUUGAGUCUCUGGGAAAACUGGCUUUUGAGCAGCUGCAGAAAGGCAACCUGAUCUUCUAUGAAUCAGACCUGACAGAGUGUGGCAUCGAUAUCAGAGCAGCCUCAGUGUACUCAGGAGUGUUCACACAGAUCUUUAAAGAGGAGAGAGGACUGUACCAGGACAAGGUGUUCUGCUUUGUCCAUCUGAGUGUUCAGGAGUUUCUGGCUGCUCUUCAUGUCCAUCUGACCUUCACCAACUCUGGAGUCAACCUGCUGGCAGAAGAACAAACAACAUCCCAGCUGUUUGAAGUCUUCAGUGACAAAACAACACAGUUCUACCAGAGUGCUGUGGACAAGGCCUUUCAGAGUCCACAUGGACACUUGGACUUGUUCCUCCGUUUCCUCCUGGGUCUUUCACUGCAGACCAAUCAGACUCUCCUACGAGGUCUGAUGACACAGACAAGAAGUAGCUCAAAGACGAAUCAGAAAACAGUUGAGUACAUCAAGAAGAAGAUCGGUGAGAAUCUGUCUGCAGAGAGAAGCAUCAAUCUGUUCCACUGUCUGAAUGAACUGAAUGAUGGUUCUCUAGUGGAGCAGAUCCAACAGUCCCUGAGUUCAGGAAGUCUCUCCACAGAUAAACUGUCUCCUGCUCAGUGGUCAGCUCUGGUCUUCAUCUUACUGACAUCGGAAAAAGAUCUGGAUGUGUUUGACUUGAAGAAAUACUCUGCUUCAGAGGAGGCUCUUCUGAGGCUGCUGCCAGUGGUCAAAGCCUCCAACAAAGCUCUGCUGAGUGGCUGUAACCUGUCAGAGAGAAGCUGUGAAGCUCUGUCCUCAGUUCUCAGCUCCCAGUCCUCUAGUCUGAGAGAGCUGGACCUGAGUAACAACAACCUGCAGCAUUCAGGAGUGGAGCAGCUGUCGACUGGACUGAAGAGUCCUCACUGCAAACUGGAAACUCUCAGGGCUGCAGAGGACACAGAGACACUGAGGAACCAAACCAGACCCUAAACCCAGGAUAGAGAGGCUGAGUGAAUGUGGUGUUGAAGGUGUGGAGGUGGAUCAGUGAGUCAGAGGAGACUGUGUAGAAGGACAGAGAGCCAGCAGGACAG